AUGCGCACUUUGACCAAUGAGCUGCUGUGGAUCUCUGUGUGUCUUCAGGAUAGUGACAGCCCAUACUAUGGCUUGCUUCACAAUGAGGAUGACCCCCCAGAGUCUUCAGCAGCUGAGCAGCCUUCCACAUCUACAGAGACUACGCAGACUCCCCAGACAGCAGCCCUAUCUGAUGCAGAUACUUCCCCUCCACCAUACUGUAGCAUAGCUGUAGAAGCAGCUGCAACCUCAGAAACACACAAUGAAUUUUAUCCUGUACCACCUCCAUACAGUGUAGCUACCUCUCUUCCUACUUACGAUGAAGCAGAGAAGGCCAAAGCUGCAGCAAUGGCAGCUGCUGCAGCAGAAGUUGCCCAACGCCACGCCCAGUUUAGGGAGUCUAGGAGUCUGUUUGAUGAAAUAUUCCUCAGUCGUCCAGAGGAAGAAGAGUAUCCACCACGGGAUGAUUUCAGUGAUGCAGAUCAGCUUAGAGUGGGCAAUGAUGGCAUCUUCAUGUUGGCAUUUUUCAGUAAGUUAUCUUGUAUUGCAGACCUACUGAG